AUGAGGAAACUGAAUCUGCUCAACCGCUUCACUCGGCGCUUCCUGUUUCUCAUCGUGCUGGUGACCCAGAUCUGUGGGGUCACCACCUUCGUCUACAGCUCGAGGCAGCAGUGCUUUCGACAAUCCGGAUUCCUGCGGCUGUACUCCAGCUUAAUUCUGUCUUUAGUGGGAUUAAUCGUCGUCAUUAACAUAAGUAAAAUGCUUCAUAAUCUCCAAAGUGCGUGGCCAUACUUGGCGGGCAGUGUUGUGAUUCUGGUAGUCCGAGUGCAAGGAUUUAUGGAUAGUCAGGAGAUCGCAGAGCUAUUGAAUCAAACGAUUGGAGUCCUGAGGCAGGUGAAAGUGAUGGCCAGGCAUCCGAAUAUCUUUCGAUUGAAACACCUCCUGCUCCUUCUUUUGACUUCACAAAAUCUUUUGCGAUCCCUGCACGUGGUGGUGGGCAUUAGUAGCCACUCCGGAGAAGCUUUUGACACGCUGGCCAAUGGUUUUUUGUUACUGAUUCUUCUGGGAGUUCUGCUGAGCUUCCUUCUGCAGAUCACCAUCAAUAUUUGCCUUUUUGUGGUUCUCAUCGCCUGCUACAAUCAACUUCAGCGCUGCACUCGGCGAAUCUCCAAAGAUAUGGAUAAACUAUGUCAAUCCCAGGUCCUUGAGAGUGGACAAUUCUUGGUCUUGGUGAAACAAUUGCAAGGAAUCAUUGAGAGGUUGAUUCGUCUACGCUCAAGCGUUUUCCAUCUGACCCUUAACAUCAUCCAGCACUAUCGGUUCCACUGGCUUACUACUAUCAUCUAUGGAUUAAUGCCCUUUUUCUGUUUUAUGGCUAUUCAUCGAAAUGGUUUUUUCUACCUGACUAUUUCUGCACUAAACAUAGUUUUCCAGUGUACCAUUUUUCAGUUCCUGUCACAUGAAUCUAGGAUAACAAGGAGCUUUAGCAGUUUUCACUUGAUCAACUAUAAUAGUGAAAUUGAUAGAACAAUUGAUGUUCUACUCCACCAGGAAAUCAAGGAACGCAUCAGGGUCACCAUGUAUGGCAUUACGCUGGACACCAGAUUCCUCUUGAAACUGCUGUCCUUUAGUGCUUUCUGUGCGUUUGUUAAGCGGCAGGAAUACUUGCACCUCCACUGUCCUUAA